AUGGAACUUGAAGAACAUCAAAAUUCACAUACUGGCGAGAAACCAUUCGAAUGCAAUAUGUGUAAAGCACGAUUUAAUCGUCGUUCAACGCUUUGGAAUCAUAAACGAAUUCAUUCGGAUGAUAAACCAUUUGAGUGCAAUGUAUGUCGGAUGACAUUUAAAUGGAAAAAUUCAUUGAAAUGUCACAAAGAGAUGCAUCAAAGAAAAAAUGAAAUGACAGGAAUUGAAAGUGAUCCAUUAGAAAAGACACUUACUUAUGCGACAGCAGCUAAACGACGACAUCUGGAAAAUCAUGAUAUUAUAAAUGCAAGUUCAAGUUCAGAAACAGGAAUGGGUAGUAUCCGUUUGACAACAAGUUCAGCAAGUGGUAUUGGUCAUUUGACAGGUUCAGGAAGGCGACGCAAUGCCAAAUUAUCAGUGCAUUCAAGAUCGAUCUUAUCAACUGGCACUGAUCUUAUCAUUGGUACUACAAAUAUCACAAAUAAUCCUAAUCGAAACAAUAAUACAAUCAAUACUACUACUACAACAACAACCAAUAACAACAAUAACAAUAACAACAACAACAAUAACAAUAACAAUUCAAAUCAUUCAUCACUUAUUGGUUCAAAUGAUGCAUUUAUUCAUGCACCAUUACAAGCGGAUGGUUUCUUUAGUAGUCAAAAGACAUUAUCAAUAAGUGAUCAUAAAGAAUUGGAUUCAUUAUUAAAUAGUACCACACGUUUAACAUCAAUGCUUAAAGAUGAUUCAGCAUUUAAAACUAAUUUAUGCGAUGAUUUAGCAAAUUUGGGAAAUCAAAGUAAUACAUUUGAUACAAAACAAGAAAUGAAUCUUUUCCAUGCUAAUCCAUUUAUGAUGUUCGGUGCUCAUCAAUUAGUAAGUUAA